AUGACUGAGAGUGUGUUUACGUUUGAGUGGCCUAGUGGCCCAAAAUCUGUUUCUAUUGUGGGUCAGUUUAAUAGUUGGGGUGAGCCAAUAGCUUUACAAUUGAAGAGUAAUGAGCGUGAUGUUGAAGAGUUUCAAUUAGAGUUACCAGUGUCAAUUGAGAAUGGAAGUGAUAAGUUACACUUCAAGUUCAUAGUUGAUGAUAACUGGGUCGUCAGUGACGAAUAUAAGAAGGAUACAGAUGCAAAUGGGAACGAAAACAAUUACAUUGAGAAAUCCGACCUGAAUGUUAAACAACCAAAGAGCAGAAGAGUUAAGAUUAAGAAGAAGCUAAGAAGAAAUAAGAAGACAGGUGAAGUCUUUUUGGUUAGCGAGGAAUUUAUCCCAUUAGAUGAUGAAGGAAAUGAGCUAGAGCCAACAAAGAUUACUGUUUAUGAAGCAAAAGCGACCCCAGAGAAACCUGAAAUUACCCCAGAAAGUGAAAGUAAUGGUGAGGAAAAUGUACAGGAAAAUACCUUCGAAUCAGGCGAGGUACCAGUUGGAGAGCCAGUUGGAGAGCCGGUCGAACAUCCAGUCGAAGAGCAAAUAGAAGUACCGGUCAAAGAGAACAGUAGCAAUCCCGUUGCUGAACAUACCGAAUCAUCAAUUUCUAAUUCAGGCGACAGUUCGAGUAACAGUGAAGCGCUCGAGUCGUCCAGCAUUGACGAUAGUGAUGAAAAUGAUGAAAACUUAGAGGUUACUCUUCCAAAGGAAAUCAAUCAAGAAAUGGCUGCUGUUGUAAACACUACAAAAGCUCAAGAGAUCCCAAAAACCGUCAAAAAACUAUCGAAAAAGAAGACUGUUGUAAAGCCAAAACCUUUAGCAAAGAAGACUGAUAACGAAACAAAAACAAAGAAAACUGUAAUGGGUAAGCUUAAAAAAUUUUUAUCCAAAUAA